AUGAACCUACCGCCCCGCCCGUCCCGCUCUCUGGCUGGCAAAGUCGCCAUCGUCACUGGCGCAGGGUCAUCACCCACGGGCCUCGGCAACGGACGCGCCAUCUCGAUCCUGCUGGCCGAGGACCAAUGCUCCGUCGUCUGCGUCGACCUGUCUCUCGAGUCUGCACAGACAACGGUUGAACUUUGUCUCGGCGAAGGAAAGGGAGGGCGCGCAGUCGCCGUGCAGGCUGAUGUGACCAAAGAAGACGACUGCCGACGGAUCGUGGAAACGGCCAUGUCCGAGCUUGGUCGGGUGGACAUUCUGAUCAACAAUGUUGGGAUCCUUGGUCCCGCGGGCAGUGCCGUCGAAGUCGAGCGGGAAGAGUGGGCGCGAGGCCUCGAUAUCAACGUCACGAGCAUGAUGCUCAUGUCGAAGCACACCAUUCCGAAGAUGCUCCUCAACGCGCCAACGUCUCCGUCGGAGCUUUCGAUCCGCGGCUCCAUUGUCAACAUGGCAUCUGUCGCCGGUCUGCUCGGCGGAACACCGUCGCUCCUGUAUCCUGUCAGCAAAGGCGCUGUCGUCCAGCUGACGCGUGCAAUGGCCUCGCAUCACGGCAAGGAUGGGAUCAGAGUAAACACUGUCUGCCCUGGCAUGAUAUACACGCCCAUGGUGAGCGACGGCGGGAUGAGCGAGGAGACGAGGCAGAGGAGGCGCGAGAGGAGUCUUCUGCAAACAGAGGGCAGCGCCUGGGAUGCUGCGGGUGCGGUGCGAUACCUAGCUGGAGGUGAGGCGAGGUGGGUUACGGGAACGGUAUUGACCGUCGAUGCUGGCGCGACAUGCACGACCAAGUUUUGA